AAAAGGAGCCAAGGAUUACCCUUUUCAUUUUGUGCAUUAUUACAUAAGGAUACAAACAACAGUAUUGUGGAAAACUUAAGCAUUUACGAGUGUUAAGUGAUAUUUAUUUUUAUUUCGAAACCUAAUUCAGGCGAAACAAGCAAGAAGCACAGACGCCUGCACUAUGAGAUUAACACAUCAUUUGGCUUUUAUGGCCGCCAUACUUCUGGCAGGCUCUGCUCUCAGCAACGCUGAGGAAUCAGCUUGGGGUGGCGGCUGGGAACCCACGAAGGAGUCAAUGCUCAGCAGACGCUCAGCGGAGUCUGAGAAAACAGAUGCCGCUGCAGUGCAGCCCGUAGAGGUACAGGGUCGUAAUUAUGGUGUGCAUGAAGCGAUCUACAGCAACGACACGAAUACCGACAUCAAUGCCAUUAUCGAUCAAAUUAUCAACUCACGACGCGAAGGACGUAUUUUAGGCGAUUACGAUCAAGUGUAUGCCGAUGGUAAUAUCGAUCAAGCGCUGCAACAAGGUGACGAUUUGCAAGCACGCAAUCUUAUACGCGAUAAGCUUUGCGGACUGGGUUUAAUGAGUUGUGAUGUUGAAGAGAAGCGUCCUUACUACUCAACCAUCUACGCACAAGGCCCACCACCAUCAUCAUUUGGUGGCGGUCCAUAUGGACCGGCCAGACCUAUGCCACCACCCGGUCACUUCAACAGCCGUCCUCCACCACCACCACCAUCGUCUUUGAACUCUUUUGGACCACCACGUAAGGUAGGUUAUGAAGGCGCUUACAAACCACCUUUCCGUCCGUCGGGUCCUGGCGGUCCGGUAUAUAACGGCCCAUAUUUGGAAAAUCCACCACCAUCCGCAAUUGGCACGACAGGUCCAAACACCUUUAACAAACCUCCACCUGGCGCUAUUAUUUAUGGCAGUAAACCACCAGGUCCAGUAUAUACUGGUAAUUCCGAUGCACCACCACCACCGUAUGCCUUUGAAAAUCCUAUCGGUGAGAAAAUUCAGGCUUCUGGUUCCUCCCAAACAAAUUUCUAUGCCCAUCAAUCAUCUUCGGCCUCUUCAGCUUCGUCUUCGAAAGUAGUUGUUGGUAACUUGAAUGCCAUACCAGUGUCAGCGCCUGCCGGUGGCUUGCAGCAGCAUGUACACCACCAUUUCCACCAUGUCGAGGGCGGUGAAGCUAGCGCUAAGGUGCCUACAGUACCCAUACCAAUUGGCGCUGGCCAAUCGAUCAACACCGACUUUUCUGCUCUUGCACAAUCAUCGGCUUCCUUCACACCACAAACACAAGGUGGCUUCACCGAAUCGAAUGCAUUUAAUGCCGGCUAUAAUGGUGCAUCACAAGGUGGUUUGCUCUCACAGGCGGCAGCUAACAGUUUCGGCAACUACGAGAAACCCAAUACUGACCUUUACAAACCUACAGGAGGUUUUGGUAAUGCUGGCGCACAAGGCGUAUACGAACCAACUGGUAUAUCUGGUGGUCAAGGUGGUAUUUACGAACAAAAUGCUGGCGCUAGCGGUUUCGGACAGAGCGGAUUUGCACAAUCCACUAAUUUCGGCCAAUCGAGCAAUUUUGGACAGUCCAACAACUUCGGACAGGCCAGCGGCAGCUACCACAGUCAGAAUCCCGACUAUUAUAAGAAAGAGUUACAAAACUUUGGCGGCAUUGGUACUUCGGCCGGUUACAACGGCAUCGGCAACAGUUUGGGUGGUCAAUACCAAGGUGGAUAUGAUACGUCACGUCAACAAAUCGUGGAUUGUCAGUGUGUGCCAUUUAAUCAAUGCCCUGCUGCCGAUCGUAUUGGACGCAAAGAAGAUUUGAUUUUGGCCAUCGAUCCGCGUAAUUUGGGUAAAGACAUUGAAGCUCUGGGUGAUGAAACUGCAACAAAUGCGACCGUUAGCGCAACUGAGGAUAAAAAGGAAGAAAAGAAAGAACAGAAAGAUGAGGAGAGUAAACGCAGCAAACGUCAGGCGACGGCCGAAGAUAAACAGUCCGAUGAUGGUGCAGCCGAUCUACCGCUGGAUGCUGAAGGGCGCGCUUAUUAUGGCAAUCGUCCAGUUGAGAAGACUUGCCGCGUCAACGAAGUCUGCUGCCGUCGUCCAUUACGUCCAGCCCCACAACAACAACUUGGUCGCUGUGGUACACGCAACGCUGCUGGCAUCACUGGCCGUAUCAAGAACCCAUCAUACAUCGAUGGCGACAGUGAGUUCGGCGAAUAUCCAUGGCACGUGGCCAUCUUAAAGAAGGAUCCCAAAGAAUCGAUUUACGCUUGCGGCGGCACACUGAUCGAUGCACAACACGUAAUCACUGCGGCUCAUUGCAUUAAAUCGCAAAACGGUUUCGACUUGCGCGCUCGUCUAGGUGAAUGGGAUGUUAACCACGAUGUCGAAUUCUUCCCAUACAUCGAACGUGAUGUGGUCUCAGUACAUAUUCAUCCCGAAUACUACGCUGGUACUUUGGACAAUGAUUUGGCCCUACUGAAACUGGAUCAUCCCGUUGACUUCACCAAGAACCCACACAUCAGUCCAGCUUGUUUGCCUGACAAAUUUUCCGACUUCACCGGCUCACGCUGCUGGACCACUGGCUGGGGUAAAGAUGCUUUCGGCGAUCACGGCAAAUACCAGAAUAUUCUGAAAGAGGUCGAUGUUCCAAUUUUGUCUCAUCACCAAUGCGAAUCGCAAUUGCGUCAAACUCGUCUCGGCUACAAUUACAAACUCAAUCCCGGUUUCGUUUGCGCUGGCGGCGAAGAGGGCAAGGAUGCAUGCAAAGGUGACGGUGGCGGCCCAUUGGUGUGCGAACGCAACGGCAUCUGGAAUGUGGUCGGUGUUGUGUCCUGGGGCAUCGGUUGCGGUCAAGCCAAUGUGCCCGGUGUGUAUGUGCGCGUUUCGCACUACUUGGACUGGAUUCGCCAAAUUACGCAAUACUAUAAAUGAGUGGUGGCACCAGCUGCGGCGACGCCUGUGCGGCCAACCACAACAGCCUAUCACAGCUGUCAGUCGCAAGACCGAGAUGUGUUCCACUUUCACUUUCGAUAAGCCAUUAUUUUUGAGUAAUACGACGAGUAUGAGUAUAUGAUAAUGAUAUUAUUUAUUUUUGUUAGUGUUGUAAGUGUAGGCACAUAAGUAUUUAAGUGCUCUCCAGUGCGACUGUUUGUUUUUGUCAAUUAUUGUUUUUGUUUUCCUUAUUAUGUGUAAAUAUUUAUUGCCUUCUUCUACAUUUGUUAAAUUAUUUGACUGCGCUUUGCGCGAAAUGCGGUUGCUACGACCACUUUUCAACACUUUUAAAUUAUUAUAUUUAACUACUUGUACGACACACGAAUGUCACAACUUUUAUAAACUUUAAUAAAAUAAAAUAUUUAUAAUAAAUUUA